AGACACGAGGAGACACAAGGAGACACGAGGAGACACGAGGAGACACGAGGAGACACAAGGAGACACGAGGAGACACGAGGAGACACGAGGAGACACGAGGAGACACGAGGAGACACGAGGAGACACGAGGAGACACGAGGAGACACGAGGAGACACGAGGAGACACGAGGAGACACGAGGAGACACGAGAGGAGACGAGGAGACACGAGGAGACACGAGAGGAGACGAGAGGAGACGAGGAGA